CCCCGCCUCACAGUUUGUUCUCGACUCACCUGGUUUCCGUCUGUUUGUGGAGACAGGAGCUCAUCUACCUUCAGUCCAGUAAAGAGGAACACACCACCGAUCACCAUGUUCACUGUUCUUUCCCUGCUUCUACUGACAGGAGCACACAGCGCGACGGCUCGGAUUCACUCUCUGAAGUAUUUCCUCACUGCGUCCUCUCAAGUCCCAAACCUUCCAGAGUUUGUGGGUGUUAGUUUGGUUGAUGACGUUCAGAUCGAAUACUAUGACAGCAACACAAUGAAAGCAGAACCCAAACAGGACUGGAUGUUUAAGGCAACUGAUUCAAAGUACUGGGAGAGGCAGACUCAGAUUGGUUUGGAUGUACAGCAGAACUUCAAAAACGAAAUUGAAACCUUAAAGGAACGCUUCAACCAAACUGGAGGUGUUCAUAUUUACCAGAUGAUGUCUGGAUGUGAAUGGGACGAUGAGACUGGAGAAGUUAAAGGUUUUAAUCAGUAUGGUUAUGAUGGAGAAGACUUCAUAUCAUUGGACCUGGAGACAGAGACGUAUAUCGCUCCAACACCAAAGAGUGUUUUCACCAAACUGAAGUGGGAUCAGGAGAAAGCUCAUCUCACAUUUAAAAAGAAUUACCUCCUCCAGGAGUUACCUUUCCAUCUGAAGAAGUUCCUGGAGCACGGGAGGAGCUCUCUGCUUAGAACAGAGCUUCCCAGGAUUUCUCUCCUCCAGAAGUCUCCCUCCUCUCCAGUCAGCUGCCACGCUACAGGUUUCUACCCCGACAGUGCCGUGUUGUUCUGGAGGAGAGAAGGGGAGGAGCUUCAUGAGGACGUGUACCAGGGAGAGGUCCUCCCCAACCAUGACGGGACCUUCCAGAUGAGCUCUGACCUGAAGGUUUCCUCCAUCUCCCCUGAAGACUGGAGGAGGUACGAGUGUGUGUUCCAGAUCUCUGGUGUGAAGGAGGACAUCGUCACCAAACUGGACGAAGACUCAGUCCAGUCCAACAGAGAGAAGCCCAUCAGCGUGACCAUCAUCAUCAUCAUCAUCAUCACUGCAGUGGUCGCUCUCGCUGUCGUCAGCGCUGUCAUUGGACUCAUCGUGUACAGGAGGAAGAAAGCCCAAUGUACUUCACUUCCUGGAAAAGAUCCAGGUGCCUCAGAGCCGCUGAGAUCAGGUGAUGGAGGUUCUAAUUCUCCAAGUGAGACGUCCUCCUGAACACAGUUUAUGGAAGAUAAGCAGUGUCACCACAGUCUCCCCCUUUCGCUGGGAACUCAUUGAUUAUUCAUCACUCAAAUCAUAAACUGAUAUUCAGGCACAGACAUUGAUUGAAAUCCAUCAACACAACUGACAAAAUGGUCGGGUCGAUUAAAUUUGAUCUUUAGUUAAAAAUAAGAAAUGUAAACUUCCCUCUGAUAAACGUUUGUUUAAAGAUUGGUAAAUCAAAUGAGGAUUAUAACUUUUUUUACCUGGAGUGAAGUAAAACACAUUUUCAAAAACAAUGAAAGUAUCACAACACUGUUCACAUGCAGUUAAUUUAAAGAUCAUCUUAGUAACAGUUUUAUAUUCCUUGUGUUGGGGCAUCCUUGUAGAGUCAUGUAGAUAAUACAAAUAUAAAUAUACAUAUAUAGACACCCACACGUCCUCAUUUUAGGGUCUGGAAAUAUAAUCUGUCAUGAUUCCAUAAAUCUUAACGUAUGUGUGAUUUGGACAAGUGAUACAAUCAAUGUUAAUAGAUUUCAAAUAACUUCAUAAAUUACACACAAUGGGUUGCUGUCACACACGGACACACAACACGAGCAUCAGUACAAACUUUGUUUUCCAGUUAAAUAUUCUGAUUUUAUUUUAUUUCUAUCUUGGCCUGAACAAGAAAUGAAUUAAUCCAGAGUUUCUUGAUUAUUGUUUGUUUGGUUAUAUUCAUGCUUUGCUGUGUUCUUCACCUUUAAAGUUCAUUUGAGUGGAGAUUAUAAAAUGGUUGUGUGAUGUUUUAAGUAUCUCAUAUGAAAUGUUCUGUUAAUAUUUUCUGUUAGUUUUUAGGGACAAGGGACUUUACAGUUUUAACCUUGUUAACAUUUACACUGCAAAAAUGAAAAGGUAUGAUCGGCCCAAAAUUACUGAAUUUAUCUUUCUUGAGUUUAAAAACUUCACAUUUUCUCAAAGCUUCCAGUUCUAGUGUCCCUGCCCUGUCAGGCUCCAGAGGAUUCAAGCAGUUUAUUCCACAUGCAGACGUUAAACUGAUCACCCUGAGCAGUGACGUUCUUCUCAUGAACAUUUUAAUACAUUUAUAUCGUCCUGUCGACCACUCACACACUUAACUGUACUCACUCAGUCACAUUCACUCAGUCAGUGUUUGUUCUGUCACACGUCAGACUGGAGUAGCUGGGGAUCGAACCUGUGCUCCUCUGGUUAGUGGACGAUCCGGUCUACCUCCUGAGCCACAGCCACCAAAACAUGCAGCUGCAGAACCAGAAUUUCUGUCCUGUAUUCAACCUAAACACUCACCUUCAUGACGUUAGGUCCUGUUUCCCCUGAUGAGACGUGAGACGUGUCAUAUCACAAACGUACCAUUUUGUGUUUUGCAAACUUAACUUCAGCAACUUUACAAAUUUAUCUUAGUAAAGUUAGUUGAAGCAAAUACAAUUACAAAUCCAUUAAAUGUUCUCUGUUGAUUUAUAUUUAGAAAUCCCAGUAACACAAUUUCAAAUUUUCAUUUUUACAGUGUAGAAGCUGAAUGUUUGAGGCUCAAUUUCUCUUCUUGUGUCAGGUUUUUAUAAAUAAAUGUAAAAUUAAGCUGCUUUGCUGUUUCAUUUCUUUUGUACUUGUGUUUUUAAUAAAGUCUCUGAUGUUCUUUAGGA